UUUUAUUAAAGAAAUUGAAACAAAAAUUGCAAUGUAGAAUAACCCAAGCAUCUUAACAAGGCCAGAGUAGCACUGCUCCGUCCGCUUAAUGUGGCUUAGUGCUUGCUCUUCACUCACGCAAUUAGCGUUGAUAACAGAUAAGCAUCUGAUAACACUAUUGGCUCUGUAGCGCAUCUCGAAAGUAAACGAGUUCUCAGUUAAAAUUUAGUAAAUAUAUCUUUUGUGAAAACUAUUUUUAUUUGAAUGAAAGUGAAAUUAAGAACGGUUCUGUGCAUUCCAAAUAACCUCAGACAAAUAAAGGACAGUGAUAAUAUAUUAAGUUUCAUUUUAAAUUUUCGUGUUUAAGAAAAAAAGGGAUUAAAAAGAAUUUUACUAAGAAAUAUACACACACUAUUAAGACAUCUAAAUUUGCAAAUAAUAUGGAUAAUGAAACACCCAAUGAUUUAGAAUUUGAACAAAUUAAUCAACUAUACGAAGAGUGCCUUCAUUAUUUGGAGACAGUCAAAUCUGAUAACUUUAUGUACGAGGAUGAAGUAAAACAAGACGAAGACCCUGACCCUGGAUAUGAAACCAUUGCAGAAAUAAAGGAAAAAAUACAAAAUAAGGACAUAAAUUCUAUUUAUGCUGUGCCAAAAUCAAAAUCCUUAGAUCUAGUCCCAAACAUAGAUUUCAAGGUUGAAAAUGAAAUGUUUUCUAGUGGAAGCAUUACUUCAAUUUCUAAUGUGAUUAAGUCUGAAAGAUUACGACGUUUAUCACAACAGCUACCUAAAAUUAUUAUAACCCAAAGUAAUACGAGUCUGAGCAUUAGAAAAGGAGAAAAUGAAAAGAUACUCCUAAAUCAUAUACACGUUGGAGAGAAGACUAAGAAGAAAAUUGAAAACCAUAAAAUCAUACCCCCUAAGCCUAUGAAAAAGUGUGAAUCAAUAAAAAGGACUGAACCUGCAUUACGAUAUAAGGCUUACGGUGAUUUUCCAAAGCGACUGGUCUCUAAAAAUGGCACAGAAAACGUAGCCUUAAUAUCCAACGUUCCAUUUGAGAAAAUACGUUUAAUGAACGAUACCUUUCACACAUUGAUAAAUCUUCGUUGGCGCUGGAUUGUCAUCGGCACAGUGAUCGUACACUUCACGAUCUGGCUCGUGUUUGCUGUUUUCUGGUACAUCACCGCGCUCGCGCAUUACGACUUCGAACCGGAACCACCGCAGCACUCCUGCGUCACCGGCGGCAAGGACUUUGUUACCAUCUUUCUUGCUUCUGUUGAAGCACAGACAACAAUCGGAUUCGGAGAUCGUGCCAUAGACGAAGAAUGUCCUGAAUCAAUAUUUCUGUUCAUUAUGCAGCUGAUACUCGGCACCGGAUUGUCAGGAGUGCUGACUUGCGUGGUUUAUGCAAAACUGACGCGCCCGGAAAAGCUGUCAAGAGAUGGCGUUGGUUUCAGCAAAAAAGCCGUUAUCUGUAUGCGUGAUGGCCGCCUGUGCCUGAUGAUCAGAGCAUGGGAUCUUAACUAUGACCAUAUAAUUAGCUCUGAAUUCACAGCUCACUUCGUCAAUACGCACAGGACAAAAGAGAGCGAAGUAAUCCGCUAUUAUGCACGUAGUCUGCCUCUCCAACAACGGCAAUUCCUGCUCUGGCCUGUUGUCCUGGUACAUGAGAUCGAUGCCACCAGCCCUUUAUACCGAUUAUCUCCUCGUAAUAUUACUGAAAACAGUUUCGAGAUCACAGUAAGCUUGAAAGGCGCAUCUGCCUCGAUGGGAACCUUUACUCAAAGUCAAACCUCCUAUCUACCGAAAGAAGUUGUUUGGGGUCAUCGUUUCCCGCCAGUUGUAAUGUAUGACAAACACAGACAAAAGUACGUGAUAGAUCACUCGAAGUUAGACAUCAUAGAGCCAGUAGAUACGCCUAACUGCAGUGCCCAUGAACUAUACAGAUUAUCAGGUGGUUCACCAAAAGAAAAACUGGAACCACCCGGCACUCCUGGAAGUUUCAGCGACAGAGUUUCCACUUUCCAGAUUGAGAGGACCUCAUCUUUUAAGAGAAAAGAUAAAAAGAUCUGAAUGUUUUAAAAAUUAAGAACUAUUUGGGAAUAGAAGAACUGUACUAAUUUUAUGCACAUCAGUAUUAUUGUUAAUAGAAAAGUGAUUAUUAAAAACAUCUAAAUA